UUCUCGGCUAAUUGAAAUUACUGGGCACACUGCUAUAUAUAGCCAAUGAAGAGAUGUUGAGCUCUCACUCAGUGCCUUCAAGACAUGUCGUUUUGUAGUCAGAGAAAGCAGAGAUCAAUGCAUUUUCAAACUGACAGAGGGAACGGAUGCUCCUUAGUAGCACAUGCCCAGGACCCAGUGUGUGGGGCUUGCGCUGUGCUGAGAAGCUGAAUACCGGUCCAUAUGCUCCUUAUUUACUGCAAUGUUCUUUGCAUGUUACUGUGCACUCCGGACUAACGUGAAGAAGUAUCGAUACCAAGAUGAGGAUGGUCCACAUGAUCAUUCCUUACCUCGACUGACCCACGAAGUGAGAGGCCCUGAGCUCGUGCACGUGUCAGAAAAGAACCUGUCGCAGAUAGAAAAUGUCCAUGGCUACGUCUUGCAGUCCCACAUCUCUCCUCUGAAGGCCAGCCCUGCUCCUAUAAUUGUCAACACUGAUACGUUGGACACGAUUCCCUAUGUCAAUGGGACAGAAAUUGAAUAUGAGUUUGAAGAAAUUACUUUGGAGAGGGGGAAUUCUGGCCUGGGAUUCAGUAUUGCUGGAGGGACAGAUAAUCCCCAUAUUGGAGAUGACCCUGGCAUAUUUAUUACGAAGAUUAUACCAGGAGGUGCUGCAGCAGAGGAUGGCAGACUCAGGGUCAAUGAUUGUAUCUUGCGGGUGAACGAGGUGGAUGUGUCAGAGGUUUCCCACAGUAAAGCGGUGGAGGCCCUCAAAGAGGCAGGGUCUAUUGUUCGGCUGUAUGUGCGUAGGAGGCGACCCAUUCUGGAGACUGUUGUGGAAAUCAAACUGUUCAAGGGACCUAAAGGUUUAGGCUUCAGUAUUGCAGGAGGUGUGGGGAACCAGCACAUUCCUGGAGACAACAGCAUUUAUGUAACUAAAAUCAUAGAUGGAGGAGCUGCACAAAAGGAUGGGAGGUUGCAAGUAGGAGACAGACUACUCAUGGUAAACAACUACAGUUUAGAAGAAGUAACACAUGAAGAGGCCGUAGCAAUAUUGAAGAACACGUCAGAUGUAGUUUAUCUAAAAGUUGGCAAGCCCACCACCAUUUAUAUGACUGAUCCUUAUGGUCCACCUGAUAUUACUCACUCUUAUUCUCCACCGAUGGAAAACCAUCUACUUUCUGGCAACAAUGGCACUUUAGAAUAUAAAACCUCCCUGCCGCCCAUCUCUCCGGGAAGGUACUCACCAAUUCCAAAGCACAUGCUUGUUGAGGACGAUUACACCAGGCCUCCGGAACCCGUUUACAGCACUGUGAACAAACUCUGUGAUAAGCCUGCUUCUCCCAGGCACUAUUCCCCUGUUGAGUGUGACAAAAGCUUCCUUCUAUCAGCUCCCUACCCCCACUACCACCUAGGCCUGCUCCCUGACUCUGAGAUGACCAGUCAUUCCCAACACAGCACUGCAACCCGCCAGCCUUCGGUGACUCUCCAACGGGCCAUCUCACUGGAAGGGGAGCCCCGCAAGGUGGUGCUGCACAAAGGCUCCACUGGCCUGGGCUUCAACAUUGUGGGCGGGGAAGACGGAGAAGGGAUUUUUGUGUCCUUCAUUCUGGCCGGUGGACCAGCAGACCUGAGUGGAGAGCUCCAGAGAGGAGACCAGAUCCUAUCCGUGAAUGGCAUUGACCUCCGGGGAGCAUCCCACGAACAGGCUGCUGCUGCACUGAAGGGGGCUGGACAGACAGUGACGAUCAUAGCACAAUACCAACCUGAAGAUUACGCUCGAUUUGAGGCCAAAAUCCAUGACCUACGAGAGCAGAUGAUGAACCACAGCAUGAGCUCCGGGUCCGGGUCCCUGCGAACCAAUCAGAAACGCUCCCUCUAUGUCAGGUAGGCACAGCAGGGCCAAGGAGGGAGCAGGACUCCGGAAGGCGGCAGGUUCUCGAGGGCCUCGAGUUGCUGGCCACUCUGACAAGCAUAGAGUCCCUUCUUAUCCAGGCAGUUCCAGUACCUCAGAAGCCCUGAGAUUUUAAAUUUUUUAAAGUCAGAAUAUUAAUGUUCUAUAUUUGUCCAACUGCAUUUUGGAAGAUUAUUUGAUAUGCUUCUGUGUAAUCUGUGGAAGGAACUAUUGAGAACCACCCUAGAACGUGUCUUUUAGUGACAUCACAAAUAUGAUGGAAAGUGGCUAUCUCUGUUCUCCUCACUUGUGUUUUAUUGCUGGUCUUUGUGAUACCAAAUAUUUUUUAAAUUUCGAAAUGUUUUGGUCUUGGGUAGCAACUUAAAAAAGCCAAUUAGGCUAAUGGGUUAGAGAUAAAUCAGUUAAUAGAAAUGAAACGAUUAUAUAGAAUAAAUCUGGAAGGAAAAAUUACUGUAGUGUGGGUAUCUUGUUAAAAAAUAGAAUGCACAAAAUGUGAAUGUACUAGAAUAAAUUUUCUGAAAAUAUUGAUGAUAGUUUAGUCCUUUUAAUUAAGUUGUAGAUUAGGAAAAUUAAAUGACUUGUUAUGAUAUUACAUAGACUUAUUUGAAAAAGUAGUGUUAAUCAGAAUCAACCCUUUAUUCUCUAAUGUGGUCAUUAAAACGGUGACAUACAAAAGAUCUGAAGACUUCAGGUAAUGUUAUCUUGUUAACAUUCUAAUAGUUGGAGGUUGUAUUGAAAGGAGAAACUGCUUUUAAAUAAAGCUCAAAACUAGUGAACACUUCAUGGGAAAUUCUCCAAAUGAUUUCUCUACAAUAUACAGAAAUGGUAUUUGGUUUCCAGGGUUCGAUUAUUAAUACGUAUUUUGUCUGUAGAGGGCUGACUGCAGCAUCUAGAUGACUCCUAGGGGCAUAGAAUUGGCCCUAAGUUUAACCUUAAGUUUAACCAUUUUUUGAAGAGAUUUCCGAAAAGCUAUUAUGUUAAAUUAACAAGUUAUUCUUUUAAAACAUUAUUCUUAGACUAUGUUAUGAUCCAGAGUAAAGUUCUUGGCAUAGGUUGCAGUAAAAAUAAUGCAUAAUACAGGCUAUGCACAGAGUGAAAAUCAGAGGGAAAACCAGCGUCCCCUGGCCUUAUUUCCAUGUGAGGUGACAAAAACAGAGUCCCUCACCCCUGCCCACCCCGAAACAGGCAAUGAAAGUAAAGGAACUAGCAGGGAAGGCCUAUGGGGAAUUCUUACUAAAAAUGAUUGGGUAAGUUCGUACCUUUGUUGUUUGGGUUUUGUUUUUUGUUUUUUUUAACACCAUUUUUGGCUAUAGGAUUUUUAAAGAGAUGCUUGCUUUUUUUCUAGAGUGCUUGCAUAGGACUAGUGCCCGUUGGUUAUGCUUAUUUUAUAAAACCAACUAGUUGCUUUCUCAAAAUAAAUGAGUAGCAGGGCUUCUCUGAUUAUAUAACUGUCAGAUAAUGAGCAUGUCCCUUUGAUCUUCUAAUGACAUCCUUUAUUCUGUUUAGCUGUAUUAAUUCUAGAGCUGGAAGGAACCUUAGCUAUCGCCAGGUCUAAUGCUUAAUUUACAGAAGAGGAAACUUGAGGCCCCAGGAAGGAAGAGAUUUGCCCAGGACCCCACAGCUAUGUGGUGGCAGAGUCAGAUCUCCACCCCCCUCUCCCCAUGGCUCUCUGCCUCCCAGGGGCUCAGCUGAGGUGGGUGGAGCCAGCUGUUGAAUGCAUCUCUGCUGUGCUUCCCCGUCUGCUCCUGUAAACACUGCACCUGACCCUUAGAUUAGGAAUAGGUUAGCUGAGAAGAGAAAUUCAAACAUAAUCUCUUUGGGGUUUUUGCAGAGGAUAAACUGUGCCACUGGGCCUUUGGGAUUCCUUUAGUGUUUUUCAUAUUUUUCUAUGAAGCAAAACCUAAAUCGGAAAGCAGCAGCCUCUUUGUUUAGUUAUAAACAAUUAAGCUGACUGAACAGAAUAUUUAUCUUCCCCCUUGUAGUGUUCUCUCUCUCUCUUUCCCUCUCUCUCUCUCUCUCUCUCUCUCUCUCUCUCUCUCUCUCUCUCUCUCUCACACACACACACACACACACACCCCUGCCCUGGCUGUGCCCAGGAGGAGGCAUCUUCGCAGGAUCAUGCAGAAACCCGCCUCCUUCUAUAGAAAUGAUCCUCCCAGGUGAUAGCAAUUUGUUUGGCUGAAAGUGUUGAGCAGGGGAGAGGGGGGCAGGAACUACCACAUCUGAGCCAGGCAGGGUUUUAAACUUGAGCCAACCCACUCUGUUUUCCAAUCUAGUUGUAACUAUUUUCCUUCUCUUAAUCUUCUGUGUAAGGUGCUUGAAGUGCUUUGGUAGCGCUGUACGCAUGGAGUUGCUUGUUGCUAAUGAUAAGACUGUGCAUGUUCUAUGCGAAUGACUUGGAAACAUUCAAUUUCAUGGGCUAUUUAUACUGUGUAUUUCCUGCAUUGUGAAACACCUCUAG